CAUUUGCAAAUCCGCACGCAUGACCGUCUACCUCGUGACGGGCGGCAACCGAGGCAUCGGCUACGACACAGUGCGCCUGCUCUCCGAGCGCGACCCAGCUGGCACGGUGCUGCUCGGGUGCCGGUGCGCCGAUGCUGGCGCCGACGCGAUUGCCCGCAUGCAAGUCGAAAACCCGGCGUGCACCUACAGCAACAUUGCCACGGUUCUUAUUGACGUGACGAGCGCGGCGUCCAUCUUGGCGGCCGUCGCCGACGUCGAGGCCAAGCACGGGCACCUCGACGUCCUCAUCAACAACGCUGGCAUCCUCGGCUGCCCCGAAGAAGGUGGGCCCGAGAUGUGCUUUCGUGUCAACGUCUUUGGCGUCUACAACACAACCGAGGCGUUCUCGCCCAUCAUGCCAGGGCAGGCCAAGGUCAUUGUGCUCUCGACAGAGAUGGUCGCCUGGACCUGCUACGAAAUGCCGUCCGCGCUGCAAGCGCUCUUCUUGUCCGAUGAAGACAUGACGAUCGAGCGUGUCAAGCAGCUGUGCGACGACUGGCUCCAUGGCGACGGUGCGGCCUACGCGUGGCCACCGCCGUCAACGACGUAUGGCCCAUACGUCAUCUCCAAUGCCCUUAGCAUGGCCAUGAUGCGGACGUGGGCCCGCGGGCAUCGAAAAGGGGUCCAUACCGUCCUUGUCUGCCCCGGGAAUUGCUCCACCGACAUGACGCACUACCACGGAUGUCGGACGUCGACGCAAGGCGCCGAGAGCGUUCUGUAUCCUAUCUUCCACGCCACCGAGAAUGGCGGCUUGUACUUUAACGGUGUGCCACUGGCCUUGUGUGCACCGCGCCCUCACUAAUCUUUGUUGAAUCGUAUAAGUAUUUCGAGUGCA